AGGGUCGCGACCCUCCGGGAGCCCUCCGACACGUCGACUAUCAGGUUGUCCUUGUCGCAGAUCGGGUACGGCUGGCCGUUUCGUUGGUAAAACUGCGGGCAGAAGACAGGAGGAUUCGAGAGAACGGACUUUCUCCGAGGGAUCGACGGGGCUGUACCUUGACGGUGAAGGUCAUCGUCUCGCCCACCAGCUGCGGCUCGUUCCACUUGAAGUGGACCAGACAGUUCCUCGGCAGCAGAUACUUGCCGGUGACGUAUUGCAACAGGGUGCGCUUCGCUUCCGGUGCCAAGGCUGGCUGGGUCAUCGCAGCCAGGAUCACCAGGCCCGCCAUAGACACGGAAACAACCAACAUUCCACCUAACGGAGCGUACCGAAUUAAUGAUACGGCGGAGGCCUGGUUAAACGGUCAAGCUACCCCAUGUCCACGCGUGUUGAUGUUGGCUGUUCUUGACCACGGCGCUCCACAGAUCUGCCUUGAGCGUCUCCAAGUCCUCCUUGGACGUGGGUAAAGUCUGUCUGGCUUCUCUCCAUCGCGGCAAGUCCUUGCCAAGAGCUGCCCGCGCCGCGUUGUCCUCCACCCAGUAGACGUCCUCCAAAGACAUAACCUCCAUCUGCAUCAGCCUGCGAGAAGAGGUUACAAGACCAGGCUCUGAUCGAUAUCGUUUCGAAUGCAAGACAGAAAAAGUCUCUGGAUCGAGAGACGAUCGCUCACUUUUGAUAAUAGUUGUGCAGGCCAUGGUCUUGCAGCCACUCGAGGAGGACCAACCUCUGCAGCAGCUGGCGCGCGGCGCGUUGCAGGCGUUCCUCAUCCUGUGCCGGAAGCUGCGGUAGCGCGUCGACGUCGCCGCAGCUCGCGAGGGACGAGAUCCCUGAAACAGAACCACACGUAAUUCGAUUUCAAAGCGAAACAAUCGUUAUCGGGAUUUUUCUAAUUAGCGGCCGGGACCGAGGCAGAUAGGCCGCGUAUCUUCGGUCGAAUGCGGGAAGCGGUUUCGUCAGAUAAACCGGAACUGUCGCGGCAUUUCCGCGCGCUCGUUGUCAUUCCGUGGUGCGUCGCGAGUACGUCGAGCCGCAAAGAUGCGUUCCAAGUUGUUCCACGUUCUCCUGUUCGUCGCCGAGCGCGUCGUCGCCGCGCUGGCGAUAUGCACCGUGACCAGACACGAGGGAGAUUUUGGCGACCGCGUUCAGUGCCAGAACACGAGCCUGGCCGCCCUGGCGAACGUGAACUCGUCGGAGGUCGCCGCAUUGAUGAUCUUCCAGUCGAACUUGGCCGUGAUUCCUGGAUCGGCUUUCGCCCGUUUCUCCGGGAGUCUGAAUUCGUUGAACAUCCACAUGUGCCGGCUGAGGAACAUUAGCGCGGACGCGUUCCAUGGGCUGGCCAAGCUGAAGAAGCUGAGCCUUCCGAAUAACAACAUCUCAUCGGUGAAGGAGGAGUGGUUCAAGGACACGGUGUAUUUGGAGCAGCUGGACUUGUCCUACAACCGAAUCGACCGGCUCAACCCGGCGAUAUUCUCGAGGAUGUUGCUUUUGAAGCGUCUCGAUGUCCGGGAGAACCGUCUGACGUGCUUGGACUGGACCAGCCUGCCCGGCGGCAUCGAGAAGGUCUACUUCUUCGGUAACCCGUUGACCUUCCUCUGCCGCGGCAAGCUAACGCUCUGGAUGCGGGAUCACGGGGUGAGCUACAAGACCGGAGCCAGCGACGCGAAGGAGGCAUGGCUGGACAAGCUGCUUUGGCUCUGCGCCAUCGACGACUCGGCCGUCGCCGGGUCCGAGCUGCUGAUCAAGGAGUGCUUGCUCCUGAAUCUGUUCGAGCAGCUGAAGACCGGGCUGACCACCGCCGAGUCUUAUCCGCUCCAAAUUUCUUACGACUGCGCGGAUGCGAUGGAUCGUCUGAUGGUCUGCGCGGCCAAGGAGUCCGAGGAUGCCGGACCUUCGACGAACGCGCGUUUCGUCACCAAUCUAUUGCUGUAUCUGCGAGAAGCCAGGUCCAGCUAGGAGAGAAGUCCGGGGCCUGUCGUUGAAACGUUUCGCUCCGUCGACAUCUGCGGGUCGGUCUCCGGACCGCAGAUACAGCGGUGUCCCAUAAUUAUGUUAACGCCCGGGAGCGGAUGAUUCCUUAGGCGAUUCGAAGUAACUUAAUUAAGUUAGAAGCGUGCCCGAUGAAACAGGAAAAUCUCGAGCGAAUCUUAAAACUUGCUAAUAUUUAACUUCUUUUUGUGAAAAUUGGGUCGUUGAACGCAACUGCUUUCUCGCUAUCUUCAUUUCACACGUCACAGUAUUCUUGGUACUACGCGUAGCGAUAUUAUAUAAUAUCGAUAUUUUUUACAAUAUUAUAAUUUAUAUAUUAUCGCCGAGGAAAAAGUUACUACAGAUCGCCUCAGGUGUUAACAUAAUUAUGGGACACCCUGUAGACUCGAAGUCACUUUUACACUUUCAGUGAUGUUCCAACGAAAGCUUAACAACUUAACAUCUGUAAAAAGUUACUUCGAGUUUAUAAAUUGUUCGCAGCACUGUAGACGGUCUCUCUUUUAGCUGUAUAUUUCCCUGUAUAUUUAAAGAAAAACUUGACAAAAUAUCGUAUCUGUAUAUUUCUAUAUUAUAAUGAAUAGAAAACAGAAAUAUACGAAGAUGAUAUUUUGUUAGGUUUCCGUUCGGAUAUCGGUGACGAUGUAAAAGCCGCUUCGAGUCUACAGUUAUGCACACACCACUGUAUCUGAAAUAAAGUUUCGUGCUCUGCGCAUC